GGAAAACCCCCCGAACUGGGCGCCGAGCAGCCUGGCUCUGUCCCAAACGGCCUGGGUGACCCGGAGUCACUCUGCCUAAGGAACCUCGAUCACCUCCUCCGCUGAACACGACUAGAUGGCGGGCUGGGGGCUGGGGGUGGGGAAGGAGCCGGCGCAGGUGAGGACCGUGGAUCUCCAAGCGCUUUGGGGGAUCCGAUCUCCUCCAGCUCUGCUCGGUCCCGUCGCGAGAUGGCCAGGACCUGCUCCGCCCAGUCGCUGCAUCGGCGGGAGUGGAAGGGGAAACCGGGUCACGGCGCCUCCCAAACCAGCCGCCCCGGAUAGCUCCACCCGCCCCUCCUGGACGUAGGUCGCCGGGCCCUCUCCUCCUCCUCCCCCGCUCCCUAAUCUCCCAGUCUGACUGCGGCGGGCGCUUCUUCCUAGGCACUGGGGGUGCAGAUCGCGCCCUCUUUCUCAGGGAUGGAGGGAGCGACUCCAGCCCCGGUCCUCGGAGGGACCCAGGCGUCCUGAUCCCCAGGGGCCUCGGACGCGGGUGAGACACGGGGUCCCGGGCCGAUUCCUCGCGGAGCUGCGGUCUGCCCGGAAGAGGCGGGCGGGGCGAGGAGGGGCAGGGCGGCCUGGGUCCGCCUCCUUAAAAGGCUCGGUCCCAAGGAGUCGGUGAUCUCGGGACCAAGGUACCUGAAGCAUCCUCGGAAGCCCAAGGGGGGAACCAGCCGGAGCCCAGAACUCCCCCCGGAGGAGUCCCUCAGGUCUUGCCAUGGGACACUCUUCAGGCUCCUGCUCCCACACCUGGAAAUGCUGGCCCUUCUUCCCAUUGCUCCUGACAGUCUGUACAGGCUCUUUCAUGGCAGAGGACUCCAGGGUGCUGGGGGGAGAGCCCUGUAACCCUCAUUCCCAGCCCUGGCAAGCCGGCUUGUUCCAGGGUGUAAGGCUCCUCUGUGGGGGGGUCCUGGUGGCCCCUCAGUGGAUACUCACAGCAGCCCACUGUCAGAAACCGAAGUACACAGUUCGCCUGGGAGACCAUAGCCUGCAGAACCCAGAAGGAUCCGAGCAAGAGGUCAGAGUAGUUCGAUCAAUCCCACAUCCUUGUCACAACGCAUCCAAAAGCAACAACCACGACUUGAUGCUGCUCAAACUUCAGAAACCAAUCCAAGUGAACAACAAUGUGAAACCCAUUGGACUUCCCUCCCACUGCCCUCAGCCUGACCAGAAAUGCACUGUGUCCGGUUGGGGUACCACCACCAGCCCUCGAGAGAACUUUCCUGACGUCCUACACUGUGCAGAUCUGACCAUCUGGUCCCAGAGUCAAUGUGAGAAGGCGUACCCAGGCAAGAUUUCAGAUGGCAUGGUGUGUGCAGGAAGCAACACCGGUUCGGACACCUGUCAGGGUGACUCAGGGGGCCCACUGGUGUGCGAAGGAGUCCUCCAGGGCAUCACGUCAUGGGGCGCAGACCCCUGUGGGAGACAGGAUAAGCCAGGCGUCUACAGCAGUGUCUGCCGCUAUACGCAGUGGAUUAAGAAGUUCAUCAACGCUAACUGAGCCCGCGGCAGGGGUGGGGCGGGAGGGAGGCGGGAGGGGGGGUGGGCUGGGGUGGAAGGGGGAUCCUUCUCCCUCAAUAAACGAACAGCCCCGGCCCGCGCUCCCCCUAGACCUGCCUGCCAAGCGUCUGGUCCACGGAGACGAGCUGGACAGAGGCCCGGCUCUGGGGCUCUCCAAGGCGCGUGUGCACCUCUCUCAAUUUCUCUUCCUCCGCGGUUCCUUCCUCUAGGCUUGGCUUGAGGGGACAGAGGGAGUGUUCAGUGAUUGGCAACCGUGUCCGCGAUUCUCCAUUAUUUCCCUGUUCCUCCCUCGGGUCCGCCCUUCGCGUCUCUGUGGCCAUUCCUUCUCCUGGCUCGGCGCCGUGUCCCCCCAGCACUGUCCCCUCUGCACCAUUCUGGGCUUUUUCUCAAUCUCUGAAGUUCGGGCAGUCCCCGUUCCCCACCCCCGAUGUCACCCCCUUUCUCCUAUCUGCUCUGUCUCUCCCCCAGCGCCUUACUCUUAAACGCGCGCUUUGCUGUUUCCCUGAGCUUUCCCUUCCCUCGCCCCCCUGCCCCCCGCGCCAGUCCGAAGUCUGCGGGUCUCCUCUCCCCUCGACCUCGGGUCUCUUCCCCUCGCCCUCAGGCCUCCCGCGGCCGGAGUCUGUGGCUAAGGGAACCGUGCCCCGCCCCAGUGGCCCUUGCUUUCCCUCCUGGCACAAUCUUUCCCAAUCGCUCCCGGAGCCUGGGCGGAGGGAGCACAUCCUCUCGGGCGGGGCCCGGAGGAGGGUGGAGUCCCCGGGAGCAGCCACGGGACCGGAGACCCAGGAGCGCUCGGACCCUUCCCUCAGACGGACGGAUGCGCCAAUCGGGCAAAAAGGGUCCGACUUUCGCCUAGGCUUCUCUCAGGAGUCUCAGGACAGGGCUCGCGAGCACCCUCCCCAAAGUCUCCUGUGCUGUUUUCCCUUAGUCUCGGGCCUGCCCCAGCCCUCCAGCCUUCAUCCUCUCUUUCCGAGCACCUAAGCGUUCUGGAGCCUCCCUUAAACCACGUCCUCCUCCCCAGCCCCUCAGCCUGGCGUUCUAGAGCCUCCCCAAGCGGGGCCCUGCCCGUGCAAACGGCCUAUCCCUGCUUCCGCGGCCGUUCUAUUCCCGCCCACCCGACCUGUAGACUCUCCCCUACCUCCCCAGUCCCUUCACGGCUCCCGAGUUCCACCCUCCGCGUCUUUCCUCCACUCCCGUGUCCCCAAUCCAUUAAGUCAGGCCCUCCCUGCCAGAUUCUCCGCUCCAGGCUGGCCCUUAGCUCCCAAUCACGUCCACACUUGGCUCGGAUGGUCUCCAAAGCAAUCCCUUAGCCCAUUUUCCCCUAAUCCCCUUCCCUGAAUCCUCAGGCUUUCAGUCUUUCGACCCCUCUAGCCUUCUAGUUCUUCCUCAAAAGCCCUUUCCUUCCCGACCGGUCCCAGCCUCCACCCUCGCCAGUUCCCACCGCAGAAUUAUGGUUCUGCCACCUGACCUAACCCACGCACGGAGCAUCUGGUCGCCCCACCCCAUCCCAGGAAGUUCUUGUCCCGCCCCUUUUCUCUUUGAGCCAAAACCCUGGACCCACAGACUGGGAUCUUGGCAUCUUGAGCCACUUGGGUUUAGGAAGAUGCUAAAUCUCAGAGAAGUCUGGGACCUGGCGAACCAUCGCCUCGCUCCUCAAUGAGCCUGGGAGCCGAUGGUUCUUAAAGGAUAAUAGUCUGGGGUUCCCAGAAAAAGGGUCAGGGGGAUCUCUUUAAAUACUCACAUUCACCUGAUCAUCACAAUUUAUCUGCAAAAUAGAUUCUAAGAGAGGUUAUUAUUGUUAUUCAGUCAUUUUGGACGUUGUGAUCCUGUGGAGCGUACUGUCGAUGAGACUUUCUUAGCAAAGAUGCUGGAGUGUUUUGCCAUUUUCUUUUCCAAUGGAAAAGGGUUAAAUGACUUGCCCAGAGUCACCAGGCUAGUAACUAUCUGAGUCAGAAUUUGAAAUCCGAUCUUCCUGACUGUGCCCAGCACUCUAUCCACCGAGCCUCCUGGCUGCCCUCUGUGUAGAGAUUAUUAUCCCCAGUUUUGACUGUUAAGUGAGGUGCCGCACUUACUAGGUGUGUGUGAUAUUAGGCAAGCCUGUUUGCCUCAGUUUCCUCAUCUUGCUAGAUGAGUUUCAGAAGGAAAUGGCAAAUCACUCCAUUCUUUGCCAAGAAAACCCUAAAUAGGAUAACAAAAGACUACUACAUGGCUGAUAUUAUGCAACCACCAUACCUCCCCCCCCCCCAUUUUAAAAUUGAGAAAAUGGAAACAAAGUAACUUCUAGAUUUAGCUUUUAAGAGAGAAAUUCAGGUGUGCUGACUCGGAAUCUGUCCAUGGUCCUUUCUUAGAGCACUGGAUUCUUGAAUCUUUAUUAUGUUUUAUUCUCUCUCUCUCUCUCUCUCCCCCCAAAGCCCAAAUGUUUUAAAUGCAUUCAUAUUCAAACCUGGAAGAGACCUUAAAAUUCAACCCUCUUAUUUUGUGGGAUGAUUAAACCAAGACUCGCUUUCCAGAACUUGCAGUGAUAAAAAUUUGAAGAGUUAAGAUUUGUGCCCAGUUCUGACAUCAAACCCAGGGCCUGCAAAAAAGUUUAUUGAAAGGAAAAAAAAAUCUUAGCUGAUGAGUGCUGAAUUUGCACCUGGAUUCAAAUCCCAACUCAGCUGCUUAAUAGUUGCGUGACUCUGGACAAGUAACUUUACUACUAUGACCUUCAUUUUGUUCAUUUGGUGGGAUUCAAUGACCUCUUCCUAUGAUAUAUUUUUGGUUGCCCAGGUAUUUGUAUCUCACCAGCUGAAGCUGAGUAUAGCUAAUGAGCCCCCAUCACUGUGACUCUUCUCAAGAUCAGCAGUUGUUGCCAACCAUGGAUCAGAUAGAUAUUAUUAAAAUAAUGUGGUAAGAAUAGUUGGUGCAAAACAUCUCCAAACUCUAUGGCAUGCUGUGCCAUAAGUACAUAUGGAGUCAUUAUAAGCUGAUGAUGCAUGUGGUAAAGCGGGAUAUCUCAAGAUUUCUGCAAGUCCCUUUGUGAGAGUCAUCAAGGUGUUCCUUGUCAAUAAAUUGCAGUCUUCUUCCUUGUAGAGUUCUAAGCACGGUGAGUUUAUCUCUGAUUUCCCCUGCAGAUGCUGCUUUCAGUUAGUACUGCUCUUGGGUCAGUAUUAGGAUCCCCAAAAGAAGUCUAAAUCAUUGGAUUCUGAUAUAAAAAGAUCAUUUUUCUGGUUAAAGAAGAAGAGACAGAGGCUUAACGCUGAUCCUUUCUGGGAGUGAUUCCCUAUCAGUGGCUUGGCUGAAACUAUUCUCCCCUCUAAGCUUCUAGAAACUCAAAGCAUUGGGUUUGGAACUGGACUGCCUUAUUGAAGACCCAAAGGGUAUGACAAGGUGAAAAUUAUAUCACAGUCUUUGAGUAAUUGAUUCAAUAGAGAUGGUUUUACUUGAUAAAAGUAUCAGGGCUAGAGUGUUUUGACUGUUGCUAUAAGUAUGGAUGGGUUAAUUGACUCAAUAGAGCACCACACAUACAUAUUUUUUUCACCCUACUCUAAUUUCCCAUUGAGAGGCAGCAGGUUAUAGUGGAUAGAGAGUAGGUCUUGGAAUCAGGAGUUGAAGUCCUGAUUUUGACACCCCCUGUUUGUUUGAUCAUGGGAGAUCAUUUAAUAUCUCAGAAAACCAAGCCACUCUCUUCUGAUACAUGAGGGAAGUCUGAAAGAUAAAACAGGGGCAGCUAGGUGAUGCGUGGAUAGAGCACCAACCCUGAAGUCAGGAGACCCUGAGUUCAAAUCUGCCUUACCUGGGCAAGUCACUUAACCUCAAUUGCCUCAGGAAAAAAAAAUCGAAUAAAAAAAAAAAACAAUAACAAUGCAGUCACAGUCCUACAGAAUGAUGUAUAGACAAAGGUACCCUAAGUUGUCCCUUUGUCAAAGAUUCCUUUAUAAAUCAAAAAAUUAAGUAGAAUCAAUUGACAAAGCAAUUGUGAUAAUAUGUGAUUAUACAUGCAACAACUCAUACCUCUAGGUGUCCCCUUUUCUUGAUAAAAUAACUGAAAGAAUAAAAAAAAAUUACCUACCAA